GGUUCCGGAAGGUCUGGAGCCUCAGCGCAGCGCCUCGUCGCUCGCCUCCGACUCCGUCCUCUCGUCCGCUGCCGCCGCCGCCGCCGCCCGCCGGCACACUUGGGUGUUUGCGUAUUUGCUUCUCCGGUGCGCUGGGUGGGUAGUCGGGAGUCGGAGAAAAUGUCUUAUUCUCCCGAUGAUCAUGGUGACGCUCUUCCAGUUCCACCGAAAAGAGCGAAGACGAUUAGAUAUGAGACUAUGCAAUACCUGGUAUUUGUCAAGACGGUGCUCCCUGACAACGUGUACAGCGACUUCCUCCGGUGUAUGAUCAAGUUUAGGAGACAAAAGAACAUCUCGAUUGAAAAGUGCAAACAAAUGGUUCUGAGGAUACUUGAUGGCCAUCCUCGAGUAAUAGAGGCUUUUCAGCUCUUUCUCCAGAAAGGAAUUAGCCCUUACCAGACCGAGUUGCUUUCAGUGAUCGCACGAGAAUGGCUUAUGAAAGUGAAGGUAUGUGGUAUCAGCAUUGAAGAUUACCAUGCUGUACUGGACAUUAUGGUUAAUUUUAACAAGAUUGAUACAGUGGUCACGGAAGAUAUUAUAGACGAGGUGAAAAGAAUCGUAGGUAACCAUCCCAAGAUCCUAGAAGAGUUCAAUUUUUUUCUGCCUUAUCACCUAUGGGCUCCUGUGCCAAAGGAGCAAUCUUGCAGAAGUCCAAACAAUAGUCGAGAGAGCAAGAUGGUUCUGAUUAUUACUCCAGAUACUACUAAUAAAUUGGAUGGUAUCCCAGUAAAAGCAACCGAUGGCAGAAAAGAAGUGCCACAAUGGAAGUAUACUCAAGACCAAAACCAAACCCAUGAAGGCACAGAUUAUAGUUUGAGGCACAGACAAAAUAAAAGAAGCACUGGACUGAUUGAAAAUCCUACAAAGAAAGGUGGUAAUGAAUCACCUGAUGUAGCAGAUGAUGAGGAACACAAGGCUGAACCUUUUCUUCAGUGGAGUCCCUCGCGAGAAAACGAAUUACCCCCAAAAGUGGAUCUCAGUAACUGCAAGCAUUGCACCCCUAGCUAUUGCCUGCUACCAAAGAAUUGCACGACUCUCCAAUCAAGCUACCAAAUUGAACCGGAAAGGUCUAUUUUUAAUGAUUCUUUGGUUUCUGUUACAUCUGGAACUGAGGGUGGCUUUAAGUGCAGAACUAAAAAUCAAUAUGAAGAAAACAUGUUUAACUGUGAGGAUGACUUGUUUGAGAGUGACAUGCUAUUGCAGAGGUUUAGAGCAACUAUUGACUUUAUUAAGGAUCUUCAACAUCGUGUUGACAGCAAUGUGAAAAUUCAGGAACACCUAACCCCUCUACAUAAGAGGUGCAUUGAACAGCUAUAUGAUGAUUCUGGCAUUGACAUGCUUGAUGCUUUGUCAGAAUCUGAGAACACAAGUUCCGCUCUUGCUGUUAUACUUUCUCGUCUAAAUCAGAAAAAAAGAGAUUUCUCUGAGGCACGAUUAUCUUUGGACAAAAUGUGCUCAGAUACUAUUGCCAAUAAUUACUACAGGUCUCUUGAUCAUCGUAGUAACUCCUUCAAACAACUGGACAUGAAAAGGAUGAACCCAAAAGCUUUGCUGGCAGAAGACAAACAAAUCAGUAAGAUGAAAUCUUAUACUGAUAUGAACAUAUACGAGGACAUAGGCAAUAUCAUUAACUAUGCAUAUGGUAGAAGUUGCACUACCGAAGAUAAGCCAAUGAUGAAUUGGACAGAGUUAGUAAAAGAAUUUCUUUCUAUGAAGUUUCAAUGGCCCGAUUUGGAGGAUACAGUAGCUCUCAAAAAAGUUUGUGAACAUUGUGGAAUGAGCAAAGAUUUUCUCAAUAAUAUUCCCGUUGCUGUUCUUGCUAAUGAGAUUUUUUUAUCUUCAAAGAGAGUUGAAAGUCCAAGAGCCAAGUCCAAUGAGUCUAGUUCUUUACUUGACCGUUUUGAUGCCGAGGUUGAGGAGGGUGAGUUCAUACCAGAUGUAGAAAACAUCCGGUUACGUUUUCAACGUUUGCCAACCAAUAAUUCCGGUCAGAGUACCUAUGGGCAUUGGAAUAGAUCUGAAGAACAGUAUGAAUCAAGACAAGACUCCGACAAUAAGGUUGAUAGUUCAGCAUAUUUCGGAAGAACAGCUAGAGCCUGUCAUGUAAAUAGAAGCAUAUCUUGUUGCACUCUGGCUGUGCUCAGCAAGCUUCUCCAGGUUAUGUAUGAGAGGCUGCUAAUUGCUAAGGAUCUCUCAAAAGGAGCAAGCACCCGUGAUUCAUAUGCAGAAUUUAAGGAGGAACUCUGCAACCUGAUUGAUGGGUCUACUGACAAUUGGAGCUUUGAGCAGCACUGCUUGAAAUUUCUUGGGCCCAACUCCUACGUACUAUUUACUCUGGAUACGCUUAUAUAUCGUGUUAUCAAGCAGAUUUGCAAGAUUUAUCCAAGCCGUGAAGACAGCUCAGUCCUUGAGCAGCAAGACAGAUCAAGAAGAACAAUCUUUUUGAAAGACCCAGCUUUGCUGGCAAGAAAAACAGACCUGUCCAAAGAAAUGUUGCAUCAUCAAAACGCAAGAGACCCAUCAAUUGAGUUGUUGAAGCAAGAUCGAGAGGAAGCAAAAGGUUGCGAGCCCCAUGGUGAUGCUGGGAAAAAAAAUCAGAACCAUUUCCAGAGAAGGAGAAAACGCAGUUUGGAGAACGGUACACCGAGUUUUUCUCAGACUGGCUCGGAGAAUCAAUCUCCUACGAGCUAUGUAUAAGUGGGCUAAAUACCGAGGUGGAGGAGAGAUACGAGAAGUGAGAGAAGAAGCGCGUUAGCUCUGGCACAAGAACUAAGAAAUUUUAUAAGAGAUUGUGAGAGAGACAAGUAGACUUUGUAUAUCAAUUAUAGUCAACUUCUAUAUGGAUAGGAUUAGAUAAGGCUAUCAAGAUUCUUAUAGUCAACUUGUUGAGUGUAUUGUUAGUCUUGUUCUAACUGAACAUUGAGAGCCUCUAUAUUAUUUAGUGCAUGUGGCAUGAUGUAACGUGACACAUAAAUUAUCGCAGGAAAGGAAAAGGCUGCUGCAUGUA